GGAUUGCCUUUCCCUCGGACUAGACGCCGGGUCCCUCGCGCUGCCCGUGCUUACAGAGGAGAAGCUUGUCACCUCCCCGGCGCGUGUGACAUACCUUCCGCCGCAUCGUGCUGUGGCUCCUCGGGUGAGGGAAACAGGACUGCACGGCGCGAAGAGGACGACCUCCCUCCUGAAAGUACUAGUUCUUACAAAACGGCUCAGGUAGGUAGGGAAAGAUGCCGGCCACACAGAAGCCCAUGAGGUACGGACAUACGGAAGGACACACCGAAGUCUGCUUUGAUGAUUCUGGAAGUUACAUUGUGACUUGUGGAAGUGAUGGUGAUGUGAGGAUGUGGGAAGAUCUGGAUGACGAUGAUCCUAAGUCUGUUAACGUUGGAGAAAAGGCAUUUUCGUGUGCUUUGAAGAAUGGAAAAUUGGUCACUGCAGUUUCUAAUAAUACCGUCCAAGUCUAUACAUUCCCUGAAGGAGUUCCUGAUGGCAUAUUAACACGCUUCACUACAAAUGCAAACCACGUGGUCUUCAAUGGGGAUGGCACUAAAAUUGCUGCUGGAUCAAGUGAUUUUCUGGUCAAAGUUGUGGAUGUGAUGGAUAACAGCCAGCAGCAAACAUUUCGAGGACAUGAUGCCCCUGUUUUAAGUCUGUCUUUUGAUCCGAAGGAUAUCUUUCUGGCAUCAGCUAGUUGUGAUGGAACUGUCAGAGUGUGGAAUAUAUCUGAUCAGACUUGUGCUGUUAGUUGGCCAGUACUGCAGAAGAGCAAUGAUGUGGUGAACGCAGAGUCCAUCUGCAGACUCGCAUGGCGGCCCAGGAGCGGGGAAUUACUAGCAGUUCCUGUGGGAAAAUCUGUGAAGCUGUACAGAAGAAAAACUUGGAGUAAUCCAUUUGACCUUUCAGACAGUUCCAUCUCCCAGACACUCAAUAUAGUAACCUGGUCUCCCUGUGGGCAGUAUUUGGCUGCAGGUGCUAUUAAUGGCUUAAUUGUAGUUUGGAAUGUGGAAACCAAAGACUGCAUGGAAAGGGUAAAACAUGAGAAAGGUUAUGCAAUUUGUGGCCUGGCCUGGCAUCCUACUUGUAGUCGAAUAUGUUAUACUGAUGUGGAAGGAAACCUUGGAAUCCUGGAAAAUGUUUGUGACCUCAGUGAAAAGGUGUCAAGCAAUAAGGUAUUAAGUAGAGUGGAAAAGGAUUACAAUGAUCUUUUUGAUGGAGAUGAUCCAAGUAGUGCUGGCGACUUUCUAAAUGACAAUGCGGUUGAGAUCCCUUCCUUUUCAAAAGGAAUUAUAAACGAGGAUGAUGAUGAUAAUGAUGACCUCAUGCUGGCUGCAGACCGUGACUUGGGAGAUGAUGAAAACUCAGUUGAUGUUCCAAUGCUAAAAGCUGAUCUUCACAAAGAGGAAGGGGACGAUGAUCAGGCAAGCAGCAUUCACAAUCUCCCCCUUAUAAAACCCCAAAGGCCGUUUUAUGAUGGGCCCAUGCCAACACCGCGACAAAAGCCGUUCCAGUCAAGUUCUACACCCUUGCAUCUCUCUCACAGAUUCAUGGUGUGGAACUCUGUUGGGAUUAUUCGCUGCUAUAAUGACGAUCAAGACAGUGCCAUAGACGUGGAGUUCCAUGAUACCUCUAUCCAUCAUGCAACGCAUCUGUCGAAUGCUUUCAAUUACACAAUGGGAACUCUUUCCCAUGAAGCUAUUUUGUUGGCAUGCGAAAGUGCUGAUGAAUUAGCAAGCAAACUUCACUGCUUGCACUUCAGCUCUUGGGACUCAAGCAAGGAGUGGAUGGUUGAUAUGCCUCAGAAUGAGGAUAUCGAAGCCAUAUGUCUCGGUCUGGGGUGGGCCGCUGCUGCCACCACUGCCUCGCUCCUUCGAUUGUUCACUAUCGGAGGUGUUCAGAAAGAAGUCUUCUGCCUUCCUGGACCUGUGGUAUCAAUGGCGGGACAUGGAGAACAGCUCUGCAUUGUUUAUCAUAGAGGUACAGGGUUCGAUGGAGAUCAGUGCCUUGGAGUUCAACUGCUAGAGCUGGGGCGAAAGAAAACACAGGUUUUGCAUGGUGACCCUCUUCCUCUUACAAGGAAAUCCUACCUCACAUGGCUGGGGUUUUCUGCUGAAGGUACUCCCUGUUACGUGGAUUCCGAAGGCUGUGUUCGCAUGCUUAACAGAGGGCUCGGGAAUACAUGGACUCCUGUUUGUAACCUGAGAGAGCACUGCAAAGGAAAGUCGGACCACUACUGGGUGGUUGGUGUCCAUGAAAACCCCCAGCAGCUGAGGUGCAUCCCUUGUAAAGGUUCUCGGUUUCCUCCCACCCUUCCACGACCUGCUGUAGCUAUAUUAUCUUUUAAGCUUCCUUACUGUCAGACUUCAACAGAGAAAGGCCAAAUGGAGGAACAAUUUUGGCAUUCUGUUCUGUUUCACAACUACCUUGAUUACUUGGCUAAAAAUGGUUAUGAUUAUGAGGAGAACAUUAAAAACCAGGCAGUAAAAGAGCAACAGGAACUCUUAAUGAAAAUGCUUGCGCUGUCUUGUAAACUGGAACGGGAAUUCCGCUGUGUGGAACUUGCUGAUCUAAUGACUCAAAAUGCCCUGCAUUUAGCCAUUAAAUAUGCUUCUCGCUCUCGAAAAUUAAUAUUGGCUCAAAAACUUAGUGAACUUGCUGCAGAAAAGGCAGCCGAAUUGGCAGAAACCCAGUCAGAAGAAGAGAAAGAAGAAGAUUUCAGAGAAAAGCUGAAUGCUGGUUACAGUCAUACCACUACAGAAUGGAGUCAGCCACAGGUCAGAAGUCACGUUGAAGAAGAUGCCGAGGACAGAGAGGACACUGUUUCAGAAGAGAAACCAGAGCCACAUAACCACGGGCAGAAUUUAUUCCAAAAUGCAAAUUCCUCUGAUAUGCCAGCUCUUAAAUCAGGUGCAGUUUUCUCUAACAGCCAAGGACGGGUAAACCCCUUCAAGGUAGUAGUCAAUUCCAAAGAACCAGCCACAUCAGUGAAUUCAACACGCUCAGCUAAUAUUUUAGACAGUAUGAGCAAAUCAUCCAGGAAGUCCACUUCUUUUAAUCGAGUAGCAAAUAAUGAAAAAUCUCCAGUUAUAAAGCCUCUGAUGCCCAAGCCCAGGGCUAAGCAGGCAUCUGCAGCAUCCUAUUUCCAGAAAAGAACUUCACAGGCUGAUAAGACUGAGGAAGUAAAAGAAAAUCCUAAAAGUUCGUCAUCUGAAACUCCAGCUGUGUGCCUUCAAAACUCUGAAAACCAACGGCCAAAGACUGGGUUCCAGAUGUGGCUGGAAGAAAAUAGAAGUCAUAUUUUGUCUGACAACCCUGACAUCUCAGAUGAAGCAGACAUAAUCAAAGAGGGGAUGAUACGCUUUAGAGUGUUGUCUGCUGAAGAGAGGAGGGCAUGGACUAACAAGGCCAAGGGAGAAACUGCCAGCGAUGGCGCUGAAGUAAAGAAGCGAAAACGUGUGGCCAGUGAGACCUGUGAGACAGAGAACCAGGGAGAAUCAGCAAAGGAGAAUCUGGAUCUUUCUAAGAAGCCAAAGGCAUUAAAUCUUUCGACUAAUCAGAAAUUGUCAGCUUUUGCAUUUAAGCAGGAAUAAAGGGAGAAAGUGUCAGGAUAUAAUGAAACUUGGCUUCAGCUCCUGGUGGAUUCUGGACUUCUUUAACCUUUAGGGAAUAUAUUAUUAUACUCCUGUGUGUUUAGAGACAGCUCUGCUUUCUUUCAUAAGGCAGUGUAGGGGGCAGGGUGUGCAGCUCAGUGGUGGAGUGCUUGCCUAGCGUGCACAGGCCCUGGGUUUCGUCCUUACUGCCACAAAACAAAGCAAAAAAAGUAGUGAUUUUCCUGUGUCAGGAACAUUGCAUCUAAGAGCUGUCUGCGGGGAUUACUCUGCCGUCCAUGAACAGAAGUGUCCUGAUGGCAGUUAUUACCAUGCACACCAUUAUGUCCCCGUGGAAGCCAUUAUCUUUAAAAAUUACUGAAAGCUUUAGUCUUAAGACUGCUACAUAUUGCAAUAACUUCUAGGGCUUCCCUGCCUUUGUUUGGGUUUUUUGUAGUAGAAGUGCCAUGGUUAUCGACUUCCCAAGUUAGAUAUGAUAGAUUACUCCCUUGUCAACUUGACCUCAGGCCCAUGGCUUUUAAUAUGGGCCCCAACGUGUAAAUAAUCUUGUAAAUGAGAUAUGUUAUUUUAUGUGUUUGGGGACAUUUUUCACACAUUACUUUUUGUAUGUUUGUAUAGACUGGGUCUUUUGAAUAAAUAAAACUUUCUCUUUUGCA